CUCCCAGCGCGGCUCCCCGGGGGUGCGGGCCCAUGGCGGGGUGCUGAGCCCCCCCCAGCACAGCCGGGGCCAUGAGCCGGGGGGGCCUGAUCCUGCUGUGCCUCCUGCGCGGGGUCCUGGGCUCAGGACACCCCCCCGGGGGUGAAGGGCGGCGGAGAGCUCGGGAGACCUCUCCUGGGACCGAGGGGACCCACAUCAGCCAGGACCUGGUGGGAGGCAGCCUGGCCAUCGACACGCUGCCGCCCAACGAGACACGGAUUGUGGAGGACAACCACAGCUACUACGUCUCGCGGAUCUACGGGCCGGGGGAUGCCCAGCUGAGGGGGCUGUGGGUGGACAUGGCAGCAGCCAACAGGAGCCAAGUGAAGAUCCACGGGAUCCUCUCCAACACGCACCGGCAGGCCUCGAGAAUCGUCCUCUCCUUUGACUUCCCCUUCUACGGCCACCUCCUGCGCCAGGUCACCAUAGCGACGGGCGGGUUUAUCUUCAUGGGGGACGUCAUCCACCGGAUGCUCACAGCCACGCAGUAUGUCGCACCCCUCAUGGCCAACUUCAACCCCAGCUACUCCCGCAACUCCACCGUCCAGUACCUGGACAACGGGACAGUUUUUGUGGUGCAGUGGGACAAGGUUUAUCUUCAGGGGAAGGAGGACAUGGGCAGCUUCACCUUCCAGGCAGCCCUGCACAGCACUGGGAGAAUUGUCUUUGGGUACAAGGAGAUCCCUGUGCCAGUCCUACAGAUCAGUGCCACCCAGCACCCUGUGAAAGCUGGCCUCUCUGAUGCCUUCAUGAUCCUCAACCCUUCUCCCGAGGUGCCUGAGUCCCGCCGACGGACCAUCUACGAGUAUCAUCGCGUGGAGCUGGACACCAGCAAGAUCACCAACAUGUCAGCUGUGGAGUUCACCCCACUGCCCACUUGUCUCCAGCAUCAGAGCUGCGAAAUGUGCGUGACCUCGGAGCUGACCUUCAACUGCAGCUGGUGUCACGUCCUGCAGAGAUGUUCCAGUGGCUUUGACCGAUACCGCGAGGAGUGGUUGUCCUACGGCUGCGGCCAGAAGUCAGAUGAGAAGACCUGUGAGGAUUUAGUGGAAGGGGAUCAGUAUUCAGCACCUCCUGACAGCUCUUUCUCACCACUGGAUGAGGAUGUCAUCACCUCCACAGCCUCGCUCUUUGUUGGCAGUCUCACUACAGAAGAUGAUACGAAGCUCAGUCAGUACGCAGGAAGCGAAGGUGUGGGAAGCAGCCUUCCUUCCCAGAAGGCAGCAGCCCCGAUUCACACGGGUACUAUUGUGGGGAUCGUUCUGGCCGUGCUGCUCAUCGCAGCCAUUAUCCUCACUGGAAUUUACAUCAACAGCCACCCCACCUCCAACGCUGCCCUGUUCUUCAUCGAGCGAAGGCCACACCGCUGGCCUGCCAUGAAAUUCCGAAAUCACACCAACCACGCCACGUACUCGGAGGUGGAACCAUCCAGCCAGGAGAAGGAAGGCUUUGUGGAGGCAGAACAGUGCUGAGCGCUUCUCCCUCUGCGUCUCGAACCUCCCAUGUCUCAACUCUUGGAGUCUUCUGUUAUUCUAUUGCAAAGUCUUUCCCCUCUUGGAAAAGAAAACAGCAAGUAGGAGCAAAAAGGAAAGAGACCCAAUGGAGCAUUUGAAAAGGCUGAGUCAGGGUGAUGGGAGGCUGGACUUGCCUGGGUUCCUCCCGGAAAGCAGCAGCAGCAGCCGGUGGUGACACUGGGCUCUGCCUGCAGCCCCAGCACCAAAACCCUGGACGUGAUGGUAGAAGAAAAGCACAGCCAAUUUUUCAGCUUGGUGUGGGGUUUUUCUUUGCUGUGUGGGUUGGGUUUUCCUCCUCUGUGUGUGGCUGACUUCUUCACUCCUUCGCCGGGAGUCUUAACAGAGGCAGCAAAGCGGGGAGCGAAACUGGCGAAUGCAUGAUUGCUUCUAGCAGCAGGUUCUUGGAGACAGCAACAUAGAUGCUUUGGGCUCUGCCUGCAUGUAGGAAAGUCAAGCUGACUGCUUCUACCCCUCUCUGGGGAGAGGCUGGGGAUAAAUGCUGUGUUGGUGGUCCAGAAAAGGUAAAGUUGGCUCUCCAGGGCUCUUCUCCCUCUCCCAUCCCCUCUCCCUCAGCUCUGUCCCUUUCUCUGCUCUCCCUUUCGCCUUCUUUUGGGGCAGGCAGCAUUUGAUUGUGUCUUUACAGAUGAAAAACCUUGAGCCCUUUCAUCCUGCAUUUGGGUUUCCACCUCCAUGGUCUCAACUCCCUGCCUUCCCCUCCUUUCAAAGCAACAGCCUCCACUCCCCACCCUGCAGAAAGGGAAACUUGAUCUACUUUAAGGGCAAAACCCUGUGGAGGACUCACCUUCAGGGUGUUUGUGAGCCAACAGCUCUGAUGCACUGUUUGGUAUCUAAUUAGUUUGCUAAAUUACUAACUCUGACCCUUAGCCCAAAGGAGACAGAGUGUGAAAAAAAAAAAAACCCUUAAGAUUCCUUCAAAAUACGUCCUUGUGACAUUCCAGAGGGAACAGAGUAGGUUUGGGCAGAAGAGGAUGGGGACAGAGCACUAGCCAAAGCUGUGUCCUCCCACGGGCUCAAUCCUGAACUAAACCCAAGCUCCUCCUUGGGCAUUCCACGUAAAUAAGGAGAGAAGGCAGACAUGCCUUGGCACCACUGAGAAAAAUCUGAGAAUCACCUUGUCAACAUAAUUUUUAGAGCCUGCUCAAAUCAGUGGAUUUUUCUUUUGUCACGUCUGUGAUAGGCCCCUGGGCUGGAUUUGUGUGUCCAGAGUCUGACCCUGACUAAGGGCUUUGACACUAGACCUCUCAGGGUUUUCUACUCCCUCCUCUGCAAUCAGAAUUCAAGACUAGUCUGCAGAAAAAUACUCUACCCUCGUUCCACAGGUACCCUAAGCCGUGGAAAGCUUCUGUGAAAACAGAGAGUCUCCAAAGUCCAGCGUGAGGUAAAGGUUUCUGCCCCCCUUAAAAAAAAACAGGUGUUGGUUGUACAGGGCUUUUUUUUUUUUCCCUCCUGUUUUUAAGAUUUCUCUCUGGAGCCUCAGUUAUUUAUUCUAAUAAUCAUGUUUGGUGCAUAUUUUAUCCACUGGCUGGUUCAGCUGUCACUGGUGGCGAUUACUGCCAAAGGCAGGGUCUGUCUAAUUAAUGUUUUCCUUCUCAUCUGCUGAAUUUAUAGAGCCAUUAAAGAUAAAUAUGGCUGCUUUGUGGCGUUUAGACCCCAGAUUAUUCUUGCUCAUUCAGAGCCACCAGGGAGGCUUUUGCUGCAUCUUAUUAUGGCAGAAAGACACCAAAAAAACGCUCAGAGAGGGUAAGUCAGACCGAGUCGUGCCAAGUCAGUCUCUCUUUACUCAUAUUUUGAAGAGAAGCUUUAUUCCCAAAUAAACCCCUCAACUGAAAGGUAUUAUUUAUUUUCCUCCCCUGUUUCUCUGAAGCAGAAAGAAUUCAAAGGGAUGCUGUCAUCUAGUUUUGGGUUGGUUUGUUUUUUGCCCAGGAUCUCAUUUCCUUUGAAAUGGUUAUGAGCUGGUAAGGAAUUUUCUCUGGAUUUAACUCUUUUCAAACAAUGGCCUUGUUUUUACUGGUUUUGGGGUCUUUUUUUCUUCUGAACAUGCAUCCACAGUAACAGCAAGACUUUAGGUGCUCCUCUUCCCCUGCAACCCUUAGAAAUGCUAAGUAACAUCCAAGAGUUCUGAAGUGCUGCAGACUUGAAAGAAAACAGACUUCAAAUAGCGUGCAAUUGAGCUGGAUAAAUCACCAGUGCAUUACUGCAGCCAGGAUCUUAGGAUUCAGAAGAGUAUCAGGUGGAGAAUAACAACAUCCAAGUGCCACAGCGCAGGGGAGAUGCCACAUUCUGAGUGCAUGGAGUGAAAAAGGUGGUGAUUUGAGGGUUUAGGGUGUUUCUGCAUUUUCCUUUAAGGAAAGAAACAAACUAAACCAGGCUAUUCUGUAGCUGUGCACCAGAUGGUUGGCUGGCCUUCUACUGGGGAAUGUUUGGGUUUUUGUCAGGUAGAGGCAUUAACAAUUCAUCACCUCUAAGAUCUUGUGGCAGAGUAGAUGGCAAAGUUACUGCCUGUAGUCAUGUGUGUGUACUCUGAGCUGGAGGUUUGGAUCCAGCUGGCAUCUCCCACUGCCUAGUCUGAAGAAGCAAAGCACUUAAAUGUUGUGUCUCAAGGAGAAGAAUAAAACCACCCCAUUUUUUGUCCCACCUGUUGAGGGUCUAGCUCUGGGCACUUGAAGCUCACGUCUGGGAAGCUCAUGAGUCAGCAGGGAACAACCUUUUCUGAAUACUCCUUGCCCAUAGAAUACAAUGGUAGGGGUUGGAAGGCACCUUUACAGAUCUUCUAGUGCAACCCCCCUGCUAAAGCAGGACCACCACAUGUAGUGGAAGAGGUUGUCUGUUAAAUUCCAGGAAGCCCAACAGUGAUGUUGCCGACGCCUGGAAGGAAAAAAGGUCUUUAUGGCCAACAAGUGCUGCUCUAAUGUUGAAGGGGAGAAUCUGGGCUCAAAUGUAACGCUGGCAGCACGUGUCAGGAUCAAUCCAAAUGUGUCAGGAUCAAGUCAAACGUGUCAGGGUCAACCCUCCUGUCCUAUCUGUGUAACUCUGACUUGCAAGAUGCCAGUUAAUCUUGACAGUCCGGAGAGCCGAAGCGAGCACGUGGUGAUGGAGACUAUGACAUAAAAAAGGAGUUUGAUUUUUUUUUUUGCUUUUAAUCAUGUGGCUUCUCUAGCCCCCAUCCUGAGGGGCUUUUUUGCCUUUGGAUUCUGACAAAGCCAGCACUGGGGCUUGCUUUAAAGCAGACUGCACAACGCACAAGUGUAUAUCGACCUGUAUAUCUUAUAGCUAUCAAACGGGCUGUGGCUGUCACUGUGCUCAGCCUGUUGCUCACCUGGUUAAAAGACGAUGCAAACCACCACCACUGUGCCCUGGCAGUUUGUUGGCAACUGCUGAGCACGUCACUUGGGUGUCCAGGCAGAAAAUGCCAUCGUGUAUCUGCUCCAAUGGCCCCUCUCUGUGCUCAGCAGUUGGGAAAACACAGCACAGGGUUUAUCAGAGCCCAGCAGUUGGCUCUGCUCCUGUCAAAGUUGAGGGCUCACCCCCUCCCCCCAAUUUUUGAUACCACUGGGAGAAAAGCCCAAUAAAAAAAAGAUAUUCUCUUAGUAAUUAAAGGCCUACUUUCCACAUACUUGAAUUUACAGCACAGUUGGACUAUUUUGAGGGACUAAAGGCACUUUAACUGUCCUUUUGAUGCAAUGUAUUUACUAUGGAUUAUCUGCAUGGA